AUGGUCGACGUUGCCUUCUCUGUUGGUGUAUGGGUUCUCGUUGUUGCCAGCUGUAUCCGGGUGCGCGUAUACGAAGGCACCUGGGCUGAGAAACCCUCGAUGUACGUUCAAGCUUUCGAGACUAUCCUCGAUACUGUGUUGGAGAAUGAAUUACACCUCUUUUCUGAGCAGGAGAUGCGGAUAUUCGCGAUUUAUAGGUCGUUGCGGUAUGAAGCCCGGUACCUCUUCGUGAGACUAUUCACCCGGAAGGCGGGGUGGUUUCGAAUUAACAAGCUGCUGUAUGGGAAUGAUGUCCUGGAUAUGGAUGCGGCGUGUGCCCUAUUAUGGUCGAGUGAGGUUGGGCUGGCGCAGAGUGGGGAGUUGAUUGUGGAAUUGGAGGAGGCACUGAGUCUGCUUUCGUUGGACGAGUUGAAGGUGUUUGCUAAAGACGCAAAGGUACUAGGAAAGAACAAAGACGAAAUAUGUUCGGCUCUGAUGAAGGCGAGUAAGGAGCAAUCGGGGCUCAACACCCAGGGCAAACUCACACUCUCAUUCGAUGGACGGGGAAAUUGGUCAAGACAAGAUUUGGUCUUGGUACGGAAGAUCCUGAAACAAACUGGAGCAUGCAUCCGCCUCCACCCCGACCCGGUCAAGUUGUUUCAUCGCCUGCACAUCGUCUUUUACCGCUCGACGAAUUACGACGAACGAUCCAUCACCACCCUCAUCCUCGCACGAAUAUCGAAACGGAAAUUCCCGGAGUACAUCGUCGAACGAACCUCAAACGUCUUCGCCUCCCGCCAAGCCCUCCUCCAAUACGAAGACGCCAUCAAACUCAAAGCAGAAGUCGACAACAUCCUCGAAUUCAACGGCACCCCCGGUGAGGAGGGUCUCCGUCGUGUCCUGGCUAUUUUCGAGAGCAUAUGGGAUAAAUGGAAAGAUCUCGUCUCGCGCGAAACUGAAAUUGAGGCAAAUCUGGACGCACUAUCAGCGGAGGAGCAACGAGCGGCGUACUAUCUUCGUCGGUUCACCGCUGGUUGGGUGUUGACGCGGUUGGUGUGGAAAGGGGCGUAUGCGCUUUCGCGGUUUCACGAGUACCAGCGGGAACACGCCGUAAUUAGUGCGUUGCUGGGACAGCGGUUGUAUAGGCGUGGUAAGAGGGGCGAGUGGUGCGACCGGAAAGCACUUAUUGAACAGCGGUAUAUGGCAUCACCCGAGCAACCUGCCGAAGUGAAGAAAUGGAAGAAGAUUGCGGCGGGGACUUGUGAAGCGGCGUUGCAGGAUCCGGAUGUGCAUAUUAUCUAUCAUUCUAUGCUACAGAAACGAUUGAUGAGGUUGGAGAAGGACAUGAGGAUUCCGAAGAGGGAGCAACAUGAUUUCUCACAUGUCUCCCUCCGAAAAGCCGUCAAACGCGUAAUCGAAGGCGAACGCGUCUCCGAACGCGAAAUCGGUCGGAAAAGCGUGUGGAGGGCUCUCGACGGUGGCGAGUGUUCUGUAGAGCAACUCGCGCUGAGCCGCUACGAAUCCCGAGGCUGGCGCGGCUACCACUCCGAAAACGGCCUCCUCACCUCUAUCUUUGCUCUUCUCUUCUGGGAUAUCUUAUUCCUCCCCCUCCCCGGUGUGUUCGAGACAGCAUACCAAACCGCGCCACUCGACUUGGCGUCAGAUGCGUUUUAUCCGGCGCGAGCAAGUGAGAUUAAUCGGAGGUUGGCGGAGGUUGGGAAUGGUGGGGCGGUGGAGAUCAUGAGGGGUGUUGACGAGUGUCAUAGGGCGGAGGAGACGUGGUGUGUUGGGCUCAGAUGGUCAUACCCACUCGAAGACCUUAUCGAAGUCGCCACCUGCCUUGGCGGCCCCGCGCUCGCGAGUAUUUGUAAGAUGUUUGCGGAGGAGUACUCGCAUCGGACGGGGGGGUUACCGGACUUGUGUAUUUGGAAAAUGGACGAGGGGAGGUGUAUGUUUGUGGAGGUUAAGGGGCCGGGGGAUCGGUUGAGUCAGGAUAAGCAAGUUAAUUGGAUUGAUGUGUUGUUGGGGGCGGGGGUUGAGGUUGAGUUGUGUUCGGUUGUGGAGGGGAAGGGGAUCAAGGAGCAGUCACAAGCAUAG